UAAGAGAGAAAAUAUAGAGAAAGAAAAGAAGACCUAGGAGAGAACUUGGAGAACAUUUGCCAUUAGGAAUGUGUUUAGAAGGUGAGACAGCAAAGGAGAUACAAAACAAAUAAUCAGAUCUUAGAUCUAGAAGAAAAUAGAUCGUGAAAACCUACAAAGGAGAGAACAUUAAAGAGAGAGUGAUUAACAGAUAAAGAGAAAUGAGGACUGAUUUAAAAAACCCCAUCAAAUCUGGCUAUUAAGUGAUCACUGGUAACUUUGGAGAUAGUAGUUUCAGUUGAAUGAUGAAGUUGUAAGCCAGAUUGCAAAGGGUUGAGGUCUAAAAGAGGAAGUGAAGAUAGUGAGUGUAGAAAUCUUUUUAAAAUGACUUUGACUUAAAAGAGAUUAUAAAAGAGGAUGGUAGAGUCUAAUGGAAGUUUGUGAGAGACCGUGGAGUCUUGGGCAUAUUUCAAUCAAUUAGGAAGGAAUCAAUAGAUACGUUGAAAUAGAAAGACUGAAAAUUUGAGAUAUAAAGGAGAUGGCCAAGAAGACAAUCUGAUGGAGAAGAUGAGAGGAGGUGGGAUCAAAUGCACAUCUGUAAAGGUUAGCUUUGAAAAACGUGCAAAAGAAAUGAAGCACUCUACCAUCUGGAAUUUGAACCUUCCCUCAAUGUCCACUGCAUCCACCAGAACAUCCAGGUGCUCUGCAGCUGCCUGAACUUAUCUCAUAGGGAGCGGCACCCCAAGCAGAUGUGAGACUAGCCUCGAGUUCAAAUAACAUGUUUGUUAUUUUCAUAACUGUAUAGCUGAGUCAUUUUCCAAGUGACUGUGAUAAGGAAACUGCAGAAGAAUGUGGGGUUAACAACACUUGGAACUAUAUGCCCUGUUAAAAAAAAAAAAAAAAAGAAGGAAAAAAAAAAACUGGAUUCCAGAUGUAAACUUCCAAAGUCAAUGUAAUAUGUGCAUCCACAUGUCUGGUGAAUGAUAAAAGUCACUGACAGGAAAAGUAAGGCCAUCUUGUGAGCUUCCAACUUCCCUAACUCCUCACCUCCCAGAAUCACAAUCUGUUAACUUCAUUCUUGGUGUUGCCACAACCCAAAGGGAAAUUGUUUUCUGGGUGCUCCUAAUUUUCCUCUGCCUCCUAAGGGACUUCGUUGUAAUUAAGGCAAGUAGCAGAUACCUAAAGGAAAGACUUGGAAUAGUACCACCUGUUUCUCUGCCCCUGAUUACAUGAAUCCAACUUCUUAAGACUAUGGAGAUACUUUUCCUGAAAGUUUUGCUGCUGGGUGCAAGUUUAACAGGAUUGUUUUAUUCUCUUGUGGAUUUUUGUUUCUAUGGGUAUAGAGGUCUUGAGAAGCCUAAUUUUGUAAUCAUUUUGGCUGAUGAUAUGGGAUGGGGUGACUUGGGAGCAAACUGGGCAGAGACGAAGGACACUCCACAAUUGGAUAAAAUGGCUUCAGAAGGGAUGAGGUUUGUGGAUUUUCAUGCACCGGCCUCUACUUGCUCCCCGUCCAGGGCCAGCCUGCUUACAGGAAGGCUUGGGGUCCGAAAUGGAGUUACCCACAACUUUGCCAUCAGCUCAGUAGGAGGCCUUCCACUCAAUGAGACCACCUUAGCCCAGGUGCUCCAAGAGACUGGUUACAUCACAGGAAUGAUAGGCAAAUGGCAUCUUGGUCACCAUGGCCCCUACCAACCCAAUUUCCGUGGCUUCAGUUACUACUUUGGAAUUCCUUACAGUCAUGAUAUGGGCUGUAGCGACACCCCUGGCUACAAUCACCCACCCUGCCCAGCUUGCCCACCUGCAGCAGCUCCAUUACAAAGCAGCCCUAGGAAAAACUGUUACUCUGACGUGGGCCUUCCUCUGUACGAGAACUUCAACAUUGUGGAACAGCCAGUCAAUCUCACGAGUCUUACAGAAAAGUUUGCAGAGAAAGCGUUGCAGUUCAUCCAACAAGCAAGUGACAGUGGGCAACCUUUCUUUCUAUAUCUUGCCCUAACUCACAUGCAUGUUCCCUUGACUGUGACUCAUCAGUCAGCAGAUUUAAAAGGUCAAAGGGUGUACAGGGAAAGUUUGCAGGAGAUGGACAACUUGGUCGGCAGGAUAAAGAACAAAGUUGACAGCACAGUGAAAGCAAACACAUUCCUCUGGUUCACAGGGGACAAUGGCCCAUGGUCUCAAAAGUGUGAGCUGUCAGGAAAUGCGGGACCUUUCACUGGAUUAUGGCAAACUAAUAGAGGAGGAAGCUCAACUAAGCAGACCACAUGGGAAGGAGGGCAUCGUGUACCAGCCAUUGCUUACUGGCCCAACAAAGUUCCAGCCAAUGUUACCAGCACUGCUUUGUUAAGUGUGCUUGACAUCUUUCCAACUGUAGUAUCUUUGGCUAAAGCGAGCCUGCCCCCAAGACGACAUUUUGAUGGUCUGGAUGUAUCAGAUAUUCUCUUUGGAGACUCGCAAAAUGGGCAUAGGGUGCUGUUUCAUCCCAACAGUGGGGCAGCUGGAAGUUAUGGUGCCUUACAGACAAUUCGUUUGGGACAAUAUAAGGCCUUUUACAUCACUGGUGGUGCAAAAGCUUGUGAUGGAAGCCUUGGACCUGAGCAGCAUCACAAACUUCCUCUUAUUUUCAAUCUACAAGAGGACCCUGCAGAAUGUGUACCUUUAGAUAGCAGUAGUGCUAUCUAUCAGGAGAUGUUGCCUAAAAUCACAGAGGUUCUUGUUGAUAUUCUUCAGGAUAUCUCUGGUGAUAACACUUCAGUAGCAGAUUAUUCCCAUGAUCCUUCAGUGAUUCCCUGUUGCAGUACACUCAAGAUAGCUUGUCGAUGCCAACUUAUGUAAUUAUUAUCAAUGUUUCAGUCAUGGGGAUUACAAGAAGGAAAAAGAAAUCAUUUGGGCUUCCAGAUUUCAGUUUUCUGGAAUUUUCAAUUUUCUAAACAUUAUAGUUUUCAAAACAAAAUCUGGGAUCUUGUUUCAAAAUCAGCAUUUAGCAUAUUACAUAUGCUGUCUUUUUUUUUUUCCUAUAUCAGAUUUACAAUAAAUCAAAGAAAACAAUUGUUCUGGGCAGGGAGUUGCCUCUCUAGAGAUUAGAACAAAACCUCCAAUUCCAAUGGCUAAUUUAUACUGGAUUCAUAUCAAGGGGUAUAUAGUCAGGAUAAAAAAAGUCAGAAUAAUUGCUGAAGCAUGAGGUCAGAAGUAUGCAUUCAGAUCCUUCAAUGGUCAAGAGUCCUCUGUGGUUUUGAUUUUUUUAAAACAUAUUUUUAUUUAUUUUACU